AUGGCGCCAGACAGAGGCAUGGAAACUAUUGUGGGCGCUGAUAGCGGAGAAACUCAUGCGAAUAAUGCUUUGCUGAGUGCCGAGACGAUUUCCACAGAAUCGAGGUCCAACACAAGCCUCGGUGCCUGCAAGGAAGACUCAACGAUCCCUCCACAUCUUUCCCACGAUCCUGCUACGAGCGCAAAGCGGACAGAUCCAUUCCAGUUCGGCCAGCGCUACUUAUCAGAGUCCGCAGACGUCUUCGAAUACAAUGCCUGGGAUCAUGUAGUCCCCGAUGAGGAAUAUUAUGAAUAUUGCGAAUCUCAAUAUGCGGCCCAACGAGCCGCUCCAGUCUCUGACUUUGAUCGUGCUCGAUUGAAUGAGAACCCAGAAAAAUGGUGGAAUGAUUUCUACAAACAAAAGACAAACACAUUCUUCAAAGACAGGAAGUGGCUGGCUCAGGAAUUUCCGGUUCUCAGCGACAUUACCAGAAAAGAAGCUGGAAAGAAAAUCGUCCUCGAGGUUGGUGCUGGUGCAGGUAACACCGCAUUUCCUAUAUUGAGAAUGAAUGAGAACCCCGACCUGAAGAUCUUUGCCGUCGAUUUCAGCAAGAAAGCAGUGGAGACAAUGAGAGAUGCAGAUGACUACAAGAAUUGUGACGGCGUUAUGGCAGCUGAUGUUUGGGAUGCGGCGGGCGAACAUCUUCCCCCCGGCAUUGACGAAGGCAGCGUUGAUAUUGUCAUCAUGAUCUUUAUAUUCUCUGCCCUGAACCCUAAGCAAUGGCAGCAGGCUGUGAGGAAUAUCGAGCGAAUAUUAAAACCGGGUGGUGAAGUUCUCUUUCGGGACUAUGGUAGGGGUGAUCUUGCUCAAGUCAGGUUCAAGGCUGGACGAUGGAUGGGAGAGAAUUUCUAUGUCCGUGGAGAUGGCACUCGAGUAUAUUUCUUCGAGAAGGAAGAAAUCGAGAAGAUCUGGGGCGACGCAUUCGAUGUCUUGAAUCUCGACAUCGACAGGAGACUCAUCGUCAACCGGCAGCGAAGGAUUAAGAUGUUCCGCUGCUGGCUUCAAGGUCGUUUUCGGAGAAAGGAAUACCCAACGUGACUCGGCAGCUAGGAUGAUCAAUGACAAGAUGUCCAGUGUAUCAAGCACCCUCCUGAUCUUGGGUGAUGUAUAACCAAAUCGCACUUGA